CCUACCAAAGCUUUUAGAGUAUAAUUGACCCUGUGGAUGUGUUAUCUAGUGGGAGCCGGCUAGUGCUUCCGGUAUGAGGGAGAGUUGAAUGAAAUAUUUAGCUGGCGAAUUCCCUUCCGUACCAACAGGUGGCAGUAACUGAACGAGUCAACUCUUCAAAAGACAGGCAACUAGUUUUCUGAACGGCGUGUGAGAUAGAUUUCCUUCUACACAGCAACAAUGGCAGCCUCCAAUACCAAUGUGAUACGGGUGCGAUUGUAUUUUGAUUACCCGCCGCCCUCGGUAUCCGACUGUCGCAUGUGCUGGGUCCUCGUGGAUCUGAACAAAUGCCGCGUGGUAGCAGACAUAGCCAGCGUGAUCAGGGAAAAGUUCGACUUCAGUCGCAGGAGCAUUUUGAGUCUGUUCAUCGAGGACUGCUACCUGCCGCACACAGAGAGCAUCUACGUCGUCCGAGAUAACGACAGCAUCAGAGUGAAGGUGGACACCCUGACCCUUUCAAGUGGAAGUCAGUCGAACACAUCUGUUGUGAAGUCCAAGAAGAGGAGGAGAGCUGCCGAGGAGGAGGAGGAGCCCACACAGAACCGAGUGAGUGAAGAGUGGAAGAAGAAGAAGAAGAGAAAGGAGAGUCAGGAGGCCGAUUCCAACGAGGCUGUAGUUGAAGAGAGGAGGAAAGAAAACAAACAGAAACAGAAGAAGAAGAAAGAUAAGAAGGUGGCGACCAAAACCACUGCCUCGUCCACAGGACCCUCUCACACCUCGUCCACAGGACCCUCUCACACCUCGUCCACAGGACCCUCUCACAGGGACCCUCUCACACCUCGUCCACAGGACCCUCCCACCUCGUCCACAGGACCCUCUCCCACCAUAGUCAAAGCGGACAAAACACCAAGAAGGCUCCAUCGGCCAAAUGAAAGCAGUAGUGAGGAGGAGGAGGCCCCCAGUAAAACCCCCAUGCAGAAACUACCCCCCAAAUCACACUCUGCUAGCUCUACACCCCCUGUCACAUCUAAAGCCACCCCUGUAGUUAAACCCCGUGUCCCCGUUAAGAAACCACGCCCACCUCCCUCAUCAUCUGAUUCGGACUCCUCAGACUCAUCGGGUGACGAUGCCUCUAGCAAAGCCACCACAGGCCAACCUCCCGUUAAAAACCAAACUCCUCUAUCCAAACCUGCUGCCACCAUACCGACCGGCUCCGGAGCUGGUCCUAGAGACAAAACCACCCCCUCCAGGCCCAGCCUCCCUUCCUCAGGUCCCAGGACCUCUGUAUCGCCUGGCCAGAGAGCUAAUGCUCUAGGGCCAGGCUCUACCCCAGCAGUGCAGAAGGCCCACAGGAGGCCUGAGAGCCCAGGCUCUAGUAGUAGUGAGGAGGAGAUCCAGCUGGUUAUCAAACAACCGGGCCUGGGGAUGGGGAUAGUCCCUGCUAUGGCAGCACAACCCACCUGGAGAGGCAGGGGAAGCCCUAUGGGUGCGGAGAGAGGUGGGGGUAGAGGGGUUAGGGGUAGAGGGGAUGGAGGCCAGAGUUGGGGUGGUGGAGGUAGGGGGGUUAGAGGGGAGUGGGACCGGGGUCCUCGUGGUGGGGGUAGAGGUGGGGGGUGGGACAGGGGUCCUCGUGGGGGGAGAGGGGAAGAUAGCGGGGCAGGGGGAGGAGAUAAUGCAGGGUUUUAUUUCAACUAUGAAGGUGGACAGCGACAGCAGACUCCUCAGCCACCAUCGUACCAGAAGGACUCCCUGAUUAACAGCUCUGUGGUGUUCCAGAACCCAUCAGAGAGUGUCCCCAAGAGGGACUACAGUGAGAUGCCCCUCCUAGCUGCUCCCCCUCAGGACGGACAGAAGAUCGCCUUCAAGGUAACCCACCUCUUGUAGACCGUCGAGGUAACCCACCUCUUGUAGACCGUCGAGGUA